AACUGCGCGCUUGCUCUCAUUCCGCCCCGACUUCCCCUCUGUCUGCCAGCGGCCUGGUGGUUUGAGAUGAGUAGAAGAUGUCGGUUUCGGGGCUGAAGGCCGAAUUGAAGUUUUUGGAGUCAAUCUUUGACCCAAAUCACGAGAGAUUCCGAAUCAUAAACUGGAAACCCGAUGAGCUCAGCUGCCAGUUCAACGUAACAGGAGACAAGCUGCUGAUCAUCCACUGCAACAUCACGGAAUCCUACCCCUCAACGCCCCCAAUAUGGUUUGUUGAUUCUGAUGAUCCCAGUCUGGCCGAAGUGUUGGAGCGUUUGGAGGACGUGCGGAAAGGCAGCACAUUGCUUCUUCAACAGUUAAAACGGCUCAUCUGUGAUCUUUGUCGACUUUACAACCUGCCUCAGCAUCCCGAUGUAGAAAUGCUCGACCAGCCUCUUCCGGCUGGACCCAUCACACAAGAUCGGAAGCAUGGGCCGUCUGAUGAGGUGACAUCAGAAGAAGAGGAGGAGGAAGAAAUGGGAGAGCAGGACAUUGACCUGGACCAAGAUCUGGACCAUUACGACAUGAAAGAGGAGGAGCCUGUAGAUGGAAAGAAAUCAGAAGACGAUGGCAUUGAAAAAGAAAAUCUGGCCAUCUUAGAGAAGAUUCGCAAAAACCAGAGACAGGAUCACUUGAAUGUAAGUUCCUCUCAGGGUGCAGUGUCUGGCUCUGUGCAAGCAUCAGACCGCCUCAUGAAGGAACUCAGGGAGAUUUACAGAUCACAGAGCUACAAGACGGGUAUUUAUUCCGUGGAACUAGUCAAUGACAGCCUUUAUGAUUGGCAUGUCAAAUUAAGGACGGUAGAUCCAGACAGUCCGUUACACAGUGAUCUGCAGGUCUUAAAAGAAAAAGAAGGAAUGGACUACAUUCUCCUCAAUUUCUCUUAUAAGGAUAAUUUUCCAUUCGACCCCCCUUUUGUACGGGUUGUGUCGCCUGUGCUGUCCGGAGGCUACGUUCUCGGAGGAGGAGCCCUGUGCAUGGAACUACUCACAAAGCAGGGCUGGAGCAGUGCCUAUUCCAUAGAGUCUGUUAUUAUGCAGAUCAAUGCAACGCUGGUGAAAGGAAAAGCCAGAGUUCAGUUUGGAGCCAAUAAGAACCAGUACAAUCUUGCCAGAGCACAACAGUCAUACAAAUCUCUUGUUCAGAUUCAUGAAAAAAAUGGCUGGUACACACCGCCAAAGGAGGACGGAUAAGGAUCCACUUCCACUAUGCACUGGGAACAUGUCUGUGGGUCAGAGCAUCUUGUUUUCUUCUGAACGUUCCCCCUCCACCCCUCUGUCUGACUUGGUUGGAAUAUAUCAUCUUUUUUGCGGAGCCCAUGUCAUCUGACAAGUAUUCCCUCCCUCUUCCCCCACCAGCUGCUCUGGGAAAGACUUUACGACUUCCCCCUCAGUGUUUUGGGUGAGGAGGGCAGUGUGAGGGAGCCACUGACCCUCUUCUCUAACAUGCUCAUUUGUAUUUGCUCAAUCCAAAUGUGAGGAAACGCUUGAUCUUAAGCUGCUUCGGCGAUGUGUAUUUUACUGUCAGUUAUUUAAGGGGGAUCUUGUAGAACAGGAGUCACUCUGGAAGCUUCUCACGGGGAACCUCGCUGCACCUGUUGUUUUUUUUUGUUGUUGAUUCUGCAUUAUUUUUUAUUAGCUGGUACUCAAAUGCAAAUAAUGUUUUAGAUAUACAAUUUGACAAAUGUUUUUUUUUUUACUAUUAUUUGAGCAUCCAGUACAAUAAAUGAGCCAAUUUUACUAGUUUGGAUGCUUAUUUCUGGAUUGAAAGAAACAAACACAACUAUCACAAAGUUCCUGGUAGCUUUACGUUUAGUUUGGCCAAACUGCCGUCAGCAGUGGUUGCAUGCAGGUCGCUGGUUACUAUGUCAAGGAUAAGGGCUUUUUUGAGACGAGCGACGCACUAUAUGUCUUUUUGGAAGGAAACAUUUCUUUUGCCUUAUGUCCUGUCCUCUCAGCAGCGUGGUCUUUUUAGCUACUGAUUCCAGAGUAAUAUCCAGUCUGAAAAUCGUAUUUGAUGAAUGAUAAGGAGCUGAGGUGCGAUGGUUCACUGAAGUUUUCAUUUCCACCUGACUUUGAUUCCUGUGGUUUGCAGUCUCGGUCUGUACCGCUAGGGGGCGUUCUGUUUUCCUUAACAGUUUACUUCCGUUCAGGUCAUCCCUAAGAGAUUUGAUUCGGAGAUCUCCAUGUUUGAAGAGUGCGAGUUACAACUUUACAGAAUCCUUGUGUUAUGCGUGAACUGAGCUGUGAUUUCUUCAUGCACCACUUUACAAGUCAACCUUGUUUAAGUGAUAGGCUUGACAUGCUUUUGGACACCAUCUUCUAACCUGACCUUUGAAGACGUGCUUGGGAUAUAGGAUUCAUGAAAUGCCUCACACUUACUUAGCGCCAUCAAAGCGUUUCUGGAUGUCUCUGAGGAGGGGAAGAACUUUGUCUUUAGUUUAAUCUGAGGCAUCAAGUUUUUUGGGUCCCCCUCAGUUACCACCUCUUAAAGUUGAUCAGGCAAACCAUUGCACCUCUGAUCUAUGAGGAACGGAGUGAGCUCUGCUCUGGACCUCCGCUUCACCCCUGUAACUCCUCUGUUGCGCCCCGGGAUUCCUACUUCCUGGUUUGAUUGCUUCGGAGAAGCUUCUUCCUUACUGCAAGUCUCUUAUAUGAACCCAGUCUUAACUCAUAAAGCUUCUUUCACUCGGUAUGGCCGACGGAAUAGCAGCACCUAUCCGUUACCACGAACUGCAGGUCACGACUCAGCCACGUGUUGCAACCCCUGUAAGAAACAGUGUGGAGCUUUGUCAUCAGAGACUCGGUGUAGAGCUGCUGCCUCUGGUGGAAUACACAUCUUAUUUUCUGAUCAGUGAACCAUCAAAGCAAGUAGCGCCUGCUUCUUUGCUGCAGUGAUCCUGGAUUCCACUAUGAUUUGCUGACUUACUUUGCACCACCCAGUGAGUCCCAUCUGCAGGAUCCUGAUAAUAAAACCUUUAAACGUUCCCUGUGUAUCUUCCAUCAUGCAAUAUAAGGACAUGUCACAUCUCACAGGAGCCGAGCUGUAUCUGAAAACAUGUAGUCUCUCAUGCGGCUCUAUGCCGUCUGCAUACGUGUUUGAACGGCAUCUCAGGUAUCUAAAUUAUACUUAGGAGUGGGGGCGCUGUUGAGUUCAUAGGAUGAUGUUUUGCUCUUUAGCAGGUGGUUUGUGUAAAGAUUCAAUUGAGUUUUGUGAGGGAUAUUUAGAGAUGAACCUGCUGGCUGUGGCGUGGCUCAGCAGUGACCCCUGUAGGUGUGUGUCUUCCUCUUUGUGGCUGAUUUUAUCCAGAUCUUGUCGGGAAAAAAAGUGAAUUCACAGCCGGCAGCGUCGGGGAGAUCAUUUUGGCACGAAAUGUCACCCAAAUCAUGUGUGAUAUCAGGAGCAAGUACCUUCACUGAACUGAACUUCUUCAUUCUCCUAAGCCCCCACCGCAGAGUACUCCCUCCCCCUGCUCUUCAAAUGCCAAAACUGUUCAGAGGAACAUGAUGGAGGUCACGGACAGACUUGCACGCUUCUAACUGGACUGUGUUUGAUAACUCUUAUCUCAACCGUCUCGUCGUCGUCGGCUCCAGCGGACAGACUCUGUUUGCGGCUGUUGGCUUUCUUUUGGGUUUUUCUUUUUGUUUCUCAUUUUCCAUUUAAAGAAGAAUUUUGACCAUGUACAGUAAUUUGUAAACUUGCAUCAAGUUUAUGAAUAAAGAAUUUUAA